CGUUUAUAAAACACUAAACGGAGGCACAACCAGAUGUGUCCUCAGAGACAGACAGACAGAGAGAGAGAGAGGAUAUUUUCAUAAUACCAUAGUCUAGAACGAGAACUACUAGUACAGAAGGACUGAAGUACUAGAACUGUUCGCAUCGGAAGAGAGCCAGAGUGGGAGAACGAGAGAGAGAGAGAGAGAGAGAAAGAGAGAGAGAGAGAAAGAGAGAGAGGAUGGAUUAAUAAAUAUCAGCAUCCCUGUGUGCAGAAAAGAGAGACAGAGGAUGUAAGAGAGAGAGAGGAUGGAUUCAUAAAUACUAAGAUACCUAGGUCUUUGUUGGAGUUGUGGACAUGUGCAAUUAGUCUCCUGGGGUCCACACUUGACAUCACUCUGUUUGAGAAAACUAUUGCUAGAGGACACAGCCUGCUUCAAGAGACAGACAUAUGUUAUGGAUCAGGAGGAGUCUGCUAUGGAUCCUCAGCUCCCGGAGAAGAGGUACUGCGUCUCCCGGCCGAUCUACUCCACCCCGAGCUUUGAGGUGGACAGCGAGCGGCAGGAGCGCCAGGACAACAGCAGCCUGCGGCAGACGCUCACCAAUUCCUCUGGAUGUUCAAGCAAGAGCUCUCUCCAGAUGCUAAAAAGAUGUCUGCCAAUCAUCGACUGGCUCUCAAGAUACCCAAUUAAAGAAUGGCUCCUGAAUGAUGUCAUCUCUGGAGUAAGCACUGGAUUGGUUUGCAGCUUACAGGGUAUGGCAUAUGCUCUGCUGGUGUCAGUGGCUCCAGUAUAUGGACUGUACUCUGCUUUCUUCCCUAUUCUCACCUAUUUUCUGUUUGGGACAUCCAGGCAUAUAUCUGUGGGUCCCUUCCCGGUGACGUGUCUGAUGGUGGGGUCGGUGGUGUUGAGCCUGGUUCCUGAUCACCCUUCUGUCCUCCCUGGGAACGGCACACACCCCAACGGCACAGAGGAGGACCUGGAGGUCAGGAGGAUCAUGGUGGCGUCCACAAUGACUGUGGUGGUGGGGCUGUUUCAGGUGGCCAUGGGCUUAUUGCAGGUGGGCUUCCUGGUGCGGUACCUGUCCGACCCACUGGUGGGGGGGUUCACCACGGCGGCCGCGUUACACGUCUUCAUCUCGCAGAUCAAGAUCGUGCUCUCCGUCCCCACCGACAGCCACAACGGCCCCUUCUCCAUCUUCAAGACACUCAUUGAUGUUUUCACCAACAUUCAUCAAACAAACGUGGCUGAUCUUGUGGCCGGUUUGCUGACGAUUGCCGUAGUGAUGGCUGUGAAAGAGGUCAACGCCAAAUUCCAGCACAAGAUUCCCGUCCCUAUCCCCAUUGAAGUUCUGGUGACCGUGGUAGCGGCGGGGGUUUCUUACGCCGUGGACCUGGACUCCCGCUACGGCGCCAGCAUUGUCCGAAGCAUCCCGCGGGGGUUUGUGCCACCCCAGGCCCCAAACACAGAGCUGUUUCUGGAGAUUCUUGGCUCCAGCUUCUCCACUGCAGUGGUAGGGUAUGCGGUGGCUGUGUCUGUGGCUAAGGUCUAUGCUGCCAAACACGACUACACCAUUGAUGGCAAUCAGGAGCUGCUGGCGUUCGGCGUAAGUAAUGUUCUGUGCGGAUUCUUCUCCAGUUUUGUGGCCAGCACAGCGCUGUCCCGGACGGCAGUGCAGGAGAGCACUGGGGGGAGAAGCCAGGUUGCUGGCAUCAUCUCUGCCGUCCUGGUGAUGGUUGUAAUCCUGGCCCUAGGGAACCUUCUGGAACCACUGCAAAAGUCUGUGUUGGCGGGGAUCGUGAUCGCUAACCUGAAAGGAAUGUUCCUACAGGUCACGGAAGUUCUGUCGCUGUGGAGACAGAACAGGACAGACUGUUCCAUCUGGAUAGCCACCUGUGUGGCGUGCGUGGUGCUGGGGCUGGAUGUGGGACUAUUAGCAGGCCUGGUCUUUGAGAUGGCCACUGUCGUCAUCAGAACACAGUUUCCUUUAUGUUCAUCCCUGGGAAAUAUCCCUGGAUCUGACAUCUAUAGGAACAUGAAGGACUAUAAAAAAAUUGCCGAAGUUCCUGGAAUAAAGAUUUUCAAGUGCAACUCACCCAUAUAUUUUGCCAACAUUGACUACUUCAAGGAGCGUCUAAGAGACAUAGUGGGGUUUGACGCAGUGAGGGUUUUUAAGAAGAGGAACAAGGCACUGAAGAAAAUCCACAAGCUCAUCAAAAAAGGAAAACUGAAGGCUUCUGAGAAUGGAGAGCUGUCCGUGGUGUCCCUGGGCGUGGACAACGAGGCGUUUGAGAGCGAGCAGGACCCAGAGACAGUGGACGUGCGCGUGGACUGGACCUCAGACCUGCCUGUCAGUGUGUCGGUGCCACAGGUUCUGAUCCACAGCCUGGUGCUGGACUUCUCUGCAGUCUCCUUCCUGGACGUGGUGGCAGUAAAGUCCUUAAGACUGGUCAUUAAGGAAUUCCUGCGAAUAGGUGUCAGCGUGUACAUUGCUGCCUGUGAUGACGACCUAAUCAGGAGAAUGGAGAGUCUGGCACUCUUUGAUGAUGUCGUGACCAGAGACCUGCUCUUCCUCUCAGUGCAUGAUGCCAUCCUCUUCAUCAAACUUGAAGUGGCCAGUAAAAACACAUCCAAUCCUAUCAUAGACAAGGAACCUUUGCCUUUCACUGAGGAGGAGGACCUGAUAGAGACCUACGAUAACCAGCCAAGGGCCAUCCAUGAGCUGUCCAACUGAGGACGCUAUGCAGGCGGUCCUGAACCUACUUAUGCCACACCCAGCACACAUUGUUGUGUCCAACGGGAAGAGUGGACGGGCAGGACACACUUCAGGCCCCUCUUCAUAUUCAAGACAGGACUUUCCUCCUCUGUGUAUCCAUAUGAGAUUUAUCUUCCUUUUUGAACUGAGGGGGCAUCCAGAGGUUAAGGAUGAUUCACCCAUGAAUGACCUUUUUCAAUACUAAUAUCAGACCCAAAAAUGUUUUGAACCGUUUUGAAUAAAGUAACGUCAGGCACACCUUUCCUAAUAACGUGGUCACACUCCGUAGCCCUGGAGAAUUGGAGUUUGUCUUGCGAUUGUCUAACGAGAAAUGUGAAAACACAAACAAAAACACCACCGGAUGCGCUCAUCUCCUGGUAGCUCCUGAAGCUCAAUGGAAGUAUGUUGGGUGGACAAAUAAACAAACUCCCUCCUCUUUUGUUCUGCCUGACCCUACCAGACUCUGUGUGGUUGUGGUGUGUGUCUGUGUGUGUGUGUGUGUGUGUGUGUGUGUGUGUGUGUGUGUGUGUGUGUGUGUGUGUGUGUGUGUGUGUGUGUGUGUGGUGGGGUACAUGAUUGGGGUGGACUCAAACAACCUCGUAUGAACCCACAGAUGACGUGGACGGUUUGGCCAUCAGCUUUUGACUAGAAGACUCCGGGCCUUUCUCUUUGGUCCACCAGUACACACUCUGAGUCAGGUCAGGUCCUGGUCUUCUGUGAAUCCUGUGUCAGACUCCGAAAGCUAUCAAAACAACACGAUUCACUGGAUGGACUGUUUUGAUUUAACAAACAAAAAGACAGGCCUUUGUCAUUAAAAAACAAAACAAAACAUUGUGUCUCAUUAUUUAUUGUGAGCAAGGACAAAGUCAUGGAGAUAAACAUUUUGUUGAUCAUUAUGUCUCUGUAUAUUCCAUUUUGUGUGUUUAAUGUAUAUACAUCAUGUUAUAAUCUAUACAUUAAUAAAAUACCUUUGUUACA